UCUCUCUACAGUGGAGGGCAGACAGACGGCAUGACCGAGGAGAAAUGUCCCCAGCUGGUGGACUACUUUGUAGUGGCAGGACUCGACCCUGCGGGGGCCUGGAAGCCCCUAGACGAUUAUGGCAUAAAAACCGGCAACUCCUCCUCGUCCUCGUCGUCUUCCUCGGUCUCGUCGGGCCGAGCGGUGGAGUCGGUGACGGACCUGGCAGUGAUCGCCCGGGGGCUCGGGGAGGAAGUGCCCGAGGGCUUCACCUGCAUUGAGAAGACGCUGGGCGGACACUCGGCUGAGCUGAGCACCGGCCUCAUCAACAACCCUCACCUGUACCUGUGCUAUCGCCGGGGAGGGGACAAACCACCCAUACUGGACCUGGGGGUUCUGUAUGAGGGGAAGGAGCAGCUGAAGCCGAGCUGGGUUGUCAUCGAGACGACGCCCUACAGCCGCUCGGCCAACCUGAGCUCUGGCGGCGCCCCGAUGGCCCACCGCGUGUUCCUGACGUACCGGCAGGCUCUGGACUCGCAGGGCCUCCACACGCUGGGCGUCACCGACAUCGCCCUGCUGCUGCCCAGCAAAGGGGAGGUCGCCCCGCACACCUUCUGCCGCGUCGACAAGAACCUCAACACCGGCAUGUGGGGUCCCGCUAUGUAUGUGUGCUAUAAGAGAGCGGUGGCCAAAGCCAACGCCCUGGUCUACAAAGCCAGUCUGAUCAGCCGGUACCCGGAGGAGGACCUGGAGGCGUUUCCUCUGCCGGAGUUGGUGCCGGUCUUCUGUCUGCCGAUGGGCGUCACCGUGGAGAGCUGGCCUCUCAACACCAAGUACCAGCUGCCCGUCUUCUCCACCUUCGUCCUCACCUCCGCCUCCGGGGACAAGGUUUACGGAGCAGCCAUCCAGUUCUACGAGUCCUUCUCCAGGGAUCUGCUGUCGGAGCGGCAGAGUGUGCGGCUUGGGCUACUCAGCGUGGUGGACCGGCGGCCCAUCACCAACCGCAGCCUGCAGGUGAAGAAGAGCAUCUGUGUCCUCUCCCACUGGCCCUUCUUCACCGUCUUCCAGAAGUUCCUCACCUUCAUCUACAGAUACUCCAUCUCCGGACCCCACGUCCUGCCGCUCGAAAAACACAUCUCCAGCUUCAUGCACAACGUCCCGUUUCCUUCCCCCCAGCGGCCUCGCAUCCUCGUUCAGCUCUCUCUGCAUGACAAACUGCUGCUCUGCCAGCCGGUCUCCUCUCCUCUCCCGCUCAGCGGUGCAAGCUUCUUGAAGCUGCUGCAGAACCUCGGUCCAGAAAACGCCUGCACGUUGCUGCUCGCCGUCCUCGCCGAAAGCAAACUGCUGCUGCACUCGCUCCGCCCCGACGUCCUCACCUCCGUCAGCGAGGCCCUUGUCUCGAUGAGUUUCCCUCUGCGCUGGAUCUGUCCCUACAUCCCUCUGUGUCCGCUGCAGAUGGCCGACGUUCUGCUGGCGCCGAUGCCCUUCAUCGUGGGCGUCCACUCCAGCUACUUCGACCUGUACGACCCCCCCACUGAUGUGGUGUGCGUCGACCUAGACACCAACACCAUCUUCCAGUCGGACGACAAGAAGCCGUUGUCAUGGCAAUCGUUACCCAGGAAGCCCGGCAAGACUCUGUUCAACACCCUCACCAACCUCCACAAGACUCUGGAGAAGAUUUGCACCCCCGUCCAGGAGGAGGCGAUGCUGGAGUUCCUGUGGACGGACUGCGAUCAGAUCUACCGGAGCCAGAAGCAGCUGGAGCUGGAGAUCCAGGAGGCCUUCCUUCGCUUCAUGAGCUGCCUGCUGCGCGGAUACCGAACCUUCCUGCUGCCCAUCACCCAGGCGCCGUCGAACACCGCCACCGACUGCAGCUCCCUGUUCAACCUGCAGGGGUUCCUGAAGUCUCGGGAUCGAACGCAGCAGAAGAUUUACAGUCAGCUGACCAAGACGCAGAUGUUCACUCAGUUCAUCGAGGAGUGCUCCUUUGUCAGCGACCGGCACGCCUGCCUCGAGUUCUUUGACGAGUGCGUCCAAAAGGUGGACGUGGAGAAGCCGGAGGAGGUGAGGCUGAUCGAUCUGGAUGAGAGUCACAGCGGCGAACACACCGUCUUCAUCAUGCCUCCUGAAGAACCGCAGGAAGCUGACGGCUCCGAGUGUCCCUCAGUCUACAGUUAUGAAACCUUCCCCACCCUGAGGCCGGAGCUCUUUGACCGGACGCAGGACCAGCUCCGGGUCCCGGCGAAGGGCAGCGCCCCCAGCAGCCCUGCCCCCCGCCGCACCAAACAGGAGAUCAAGUUGGCCCAGCAGCGAGCUCAGAAGUACUCAGGGGUGUCGGACAUGUGGUCCAAGUGCCUGCUGGGUCACUGCUACGGCCUCUGGUUCAUCUACCUGCCCACCUUCGUCCGGGCGGAGAGCGCCAAGGUGCGCGCGCUACACACGGCCUACGACGUCCUCAAACACAUGGAGAACCGCAAGGUGGUGCUGCCGGACGAGGUGUGUUACAGGGUCCUGAUGCAGCUGUGUGGUCAGUACGGUCAGCCGGUCCUCGCCGUUCGAGUCCUGCUGGAGAUGAAGAAGGCUGGAAUCAUACCCAACACCAUCACCUACGGAUACUACAACAAGGCGGUGCUGGAGAGCAAGUGGCCGUCCACCAAUCAGGGAGGACGUCUCCGCUGGGCCAAGCUGAGGAACGUCCUAUUGGCUGUGGCCCAGUUCAGACAGCCAAUCAAACACCGUCAGAAGAGCGGAUCAGUGGGCUCACGUGGAGAAGCGACGUUGGACCCCGAUCAGAUGCCCCGCCUCCACUCGACUCUGAUUCGCCAGUCCAGUUGGAGCGGCCUAUCGGAAAGCUCCAGUCACGAGUCUCUGCCGGGCUCGAUGGUGAAGAGCAGCAGUCUGAACAGCAUGAAGACGCCGACAGACAAGGUGAAGCUCUGCAAGAAGACCAUCCUCCGUAACACGGGGACCAACGGCUGCGGCGACACCGUCUCCCGCAAGCCUCCGAUUGGUCGCAGAGACACCUCCACCCCGCCUCCGGUGCCCUCCGGGGGCGUUCUGGUUCGGCGGAGCCAGGUCUGCCUCUCCACCUUCUACAAAGAUUGUGCAGAGUCGGCCGACUUGGAGCCGGACUGCAGCUGCCAGCCGGCAGAGAGAGACCGCAGACCUGCAGCGACUCUAGACUCGGCCGGCAGGAAUAAAGUGGUAGACGAGAACUACAACAACGUCUCGUCCCCGAGCCGAGGAGGACUGGCAGGGAAACUCCAGCAGCUUCUCACUCCCACCAGACACAGAGGGUCUAGUCGCCGAGCCGCCAGCGGAGGAGGAGGAGGAGGAGGAGGAGGAGGAGGAAGGAUAGGGCAAAGGGUGUCUGAACAGAGGCAGUCUCGGAAAGCUCAAGUGGCUGAUACACUGCUGAAAGCCAAGGAGAGGCUGGUCAACGCUACCUCAGAGAGUUCGUUGUUAGUAGGAAGUGACCUCGACUUGACGGACAUGCCCAGUCCGGCCUAUCCUCUGCGCCGGUCCUGGGACGCCAACCAAGAGGGGGCGGGGCUCGAGGUCCUGAUGUCCAGCUGCUCUCUGUGUCACAGCUGUAACUCGUUGGUUUAUGACGAGGAGAUCAUGGCCGGCUGGACGUCGGACGACUCCAACCUGAACUCGUCGUGCCCGUUCUGCUGCACGUCCUUCGUCCCCCACCUGAACGCUGAGAUCUGUGAUCUGGGACCGGUCUGCAGUGUGGAGCGCACCAACUGGAACGUGGAGGACAAUGUGGAGAGCGCCAUGCGGCCCCCCAGUGGUCAGGAGGGCUCGCUGCGACACCAGUGUAACGGUCUGAGUGAAGACUCGAGCUCCGAGACCAGCAGCUACUCGGAGAACAGCAGAACCAACACGGGUUCGUCAGUGGGCGCCACCCCCCUGCAGGAGACAGUGGCCUACCUGAGUCCUCUGGUCCUGCGGAAGGAGCUGGAGAGUCUGCUGGAGAACGAGGGCGACGCGGUCCUGGCCAAGCCCCAGUUCCUGGACAAGCACUCCAUCAUCUUCUGGAACCUGGUCUGGUACUUCCAGCGCCUGGGCCUGCCCAGCAACCUGCUGCAGCUGGUCCGAGCCUCGCCGAUGGUCAGCCAGCUCACACAGUCGGACAACUCGGCCGUGAGGGUGCGGCUCCUCUGGGACACCCUGACCCCCGACACAGACCAGUGGCCGCCGCUCUACAUCCUCUGGAGGAUCCACAGUGGCGUCCAGAUGAGAAGCUACAGCUGGCGGAGACACAACCACCCGUUCACCCUGUCCUUUCUGGCGGAGGUGCUGCGCUGCGUCGGCAUGAACGAGGUGCACAAAGCCAUCACGCUCUUCCUGGACACGCUGGCCAAACAGCCGGGCUCCGCCUCGACGCAGAGGAGCGUGUACCGAGAGUUCCUCUUCCUCACUCUGGCAGCUAUGGACAAAGACAGUGUCGCUGCGUUCGAUAAGAAGUACAAGGCGGCGUACGUCCGGCUCAGCGGCAAUCUGAGUAGCGAGGCGCUCCGUAAGAAGCGAGCUCAGCCUCCCAGCGCCAAGGCCGUCGACUGCAGACGCAGCUUCCACCCGCCGCUCGAAUGCUGAUGGCGGCGGAACACGCAACGCCCGGCGUGUCCCAUGAUGACUCCCCUGUGAGGGAGGAAGAGGAGGAUCCCUGCUGCCUUCGCCCGCUUGAAUCCUUCCCCCUCUCUGCCGCUCCUCCGUAGCUCUGUGUGCCUCGUCGCCGUCAAUCCAGCAUCUCUUUGUCUCCAUUUAACAUCCUGAAAGAAAGUGGAAUGCUGCUGCAGCAGACGGAGACGAUCUGGACUGAAGAGCUCGUACAAGGAACAUACCGAGGCGAUGAAUCGCUCCUUAACGUGGCGCGGACGCAUCGCGUGAAGGGUUCGUGCAUGUCUGGAGGGAUCAACUGUGUCGGUGUGAUGUUUUAGUUUUCCCCUGUUUUAAAAGAAAAAAAGAUAAUGCACAUCCAGAUGGGUUAAAGGUGCUGUAGGUAGGAUUGUGAAGAUCCAGGACUUAGCC